CCAAAAUGGCGCCGAGCAAGCCAGCUGAAAAUCGAUCGAUAUUUCACGAUUUAAGGCCAAGGUCACUAUUCCGAAUGCGCUGCAACUGAAGACGGGUAUCAUGUAGCUGCUAUACAUGGCAUUUUCCGAUAGAAAACUAGCGGCAGUUAAAGCUGGUGUGGUAGGACUUGUCUCGCUUCUGAGAUUAUUCACAGCAAGGUAAGGUCACGUUAAAGCAUCCCCGGAAUGGACGCCGAGCCGUAUCUCAAGGGAAAGUUCCCAGAAGGCUUCGCUUGGUGCACAGCAACUUCCGCGUAUCAGGUUGAAGGAGGAUGGAAAAAAGGAGGAAAGGGUCUGAGCGUGUGGGACACAUUCACUCACAGCCCAGGCAAGAUCAAGAAUGGCGACACCGGCGAUAUAGCAUGUGAUAGUUAUAACAAAUGGAAAGACGAUGUGGACAUGUUGAUCAAUAUGGGAGUUACCCAUUAUAGAUUUUCCAUCUCCUGGCCUCGUAUCCUCCCAAGCGGCAAGAAGGGCCAUCUCAACCAAGCCGGUGUCGAAUACUAUAACAAUCUAAUUGACGCUUUGAUCGAGGCGAGUAUUAUCCCUGUGGCCACCCUCUACCACUGGGAUCACCCUCAGGCCCUAGAGGACCUCGGAGGGUGGCUGAAUAAGGACAUGGCAGAUUACUUCAACGACUAUGCUAGGAUAUGUUUUAGGGAAUUUGGAGAUAGGGUAAAAUGGUGGAUAACAAUAAAUGAACCUGGUAUACUCAUCCGAUUUGGUUACAUAUACGGUACAUUCCCGCCCGGGUUUAAAAGCAACCCAGGGACCCAUCCAUACACUGUUGGAAAGGUCAUGCUGAUGGCUCAUGCAAAGGCUUGGCAUACUUACGACGAUGAAUUCAGACGCCGACAAAAAGGAAGUAUUUCUAUGUGUCUACACUCCAUGUGGGCCGAGCCCGAGGACCCUCGAAGCGUGUUAGACCAGGAGGCAGCAAGACGACACUUAGAGUUUGACCUUGGUUGGUUCGCACAUCCGAUCUAUGGUGGAGGAGGCUACCCGAAAGAGAUGGAGAGACAAAUUGAAAGGAAAUCCAAAGAACAAGGCCUUAAAAAGUCGCGAUUACCCAGACUGACAGAAGAAGAAGUUCUCUAUAUCAAGGGUACUUCUGACUUCUUUGCACUCAACCACUACACCACAAGAUUAGUCAAACAUAAAAGUACACCAUCGAACCAACCACAUUUUGAACUUGACAAGGACGAGGAGACUUCUGUGGAUGAAGACUGGUUAAGUCCCAACGAAGCGGGAUCAUGGAUAAAGGAAGUGCCAACAGGAUUACGCCGGCUUCUUUGCUAUAUCAAACGAGAGUAUGGUAACCCUGAGGUGUUCAUAACGGAAAAUGGAACAGCUGACCCAGGGAAUGUCCUUGAUGACACGGGAAGGAUACGAUAUAUUAGAAGUUACUUGGACCAGGUAUUGAAAGCUAUCAAGUGGGACGGUUGCAAGGUCAUUGGAUACACAGCAUGGUCGCUUAUGGAUAAUUUCGAGUGGUCUGAAGGAUAUACGGAGCACUUUGGAUUACACAGUGUGGACUUUGACGACCCUGAGAGAAAAAGGACUGCAAAAGCAUCGGCUCUAUUCUACGCCGGGAUCAUUAGAAAAAAUGGAUUUCCUGAGAUUGAUUUCGAUUUGUAGAGCAAUAAGUGUUCGAAAAUGCUACUGAUGUCUGAUCUUGCAAGGACUUGGGUGGAAUGAUAACACUGUCAGUGAUGCAUAAUUGGUCUAUGUUCGUCUCAGGAAGCUGUCUGAAAUCCAUUCGUGGGAUGGUUUCUGGGUAUUGCCGAGAAACAUGGGUCUUGAUAGAAGUAGAACAAAAGCUGCGAGCGAAGCAAUUAGGCCCCCCUAUAUUAAUGAUCUAAAAACAAUGCAAAGCGUUCGCUCAAAGGCUCAUUACAGUCAUAGAUCUUCAUGUCGUAACUAGUGUUAUCCUUUGACCUUAUGCCCCUUUAGCGUUUCCUGCCAAAUUACAACCUUAUUUUCAAGGUUUUUGAGCAGCAGCUGUAGAGAAAUCAAGCCUUUGUCACAAUUGUCUAUAUUGUUGUCAAUUCUUAAACACCUUGGUCUAUACAAUACAAGGUGGAAGUUGCAGUCUUUAGCAUAAGUGUAGCGCUAGCUUUGUAAAAUCAAAAUGCCGCCAUUAGCUGCCAGAUCUUCCCACCGCAAAUUUAACAGCAACAAGCGAAACGUGACACAAGUGGUUUGAGACGAACCUUUUCAACCUACCGGUAUUGAUAUACGAGAAGACGCCUGAACUAGUAGCAUCACCAAUUGGCACAUUUCAGGUCUGUCGUUAAGUGUAUCAGCAAUAUGUCAAGUUUGGCCUAAUGACUGUUAAGGAGAUUACUUAGGUCUCCAUAGGAAUGGAACCGGUAUUGAUAUCACGGAACUAAAAGGAUUGUUGCAUAUGGACCUAUUUAGGGUCGGUGUUAACAGUGAUGUUCCCUGUCAGUAUUUAUGCAGUGUUUAUGUUCAAUGAGAACUUCAGUGUAAUUUUAUGUAAUUCGAUGAAACAAGAGGUAUGCAACAGAUACGUGUUAAAUGUACAUGUACAAGUCGUUAUCUACAUUCAUUUGAUGCUGUAUUCCAGUAAUUUGUUGUGAUGUUGAUGUAUCACUAGGCGACAUUCGACAAAAAUAAAGGUAUUCAAGUGCCAUGCCAGACGGCAAAAUGUGUUAAGUGACACCUACUCGAGAAUUUGCCCCACCAAAAAAUCACACUGUCAGAUGAUCGAUCAAACUGUCAGAUGAUCGUUUACUACUCGAUUGCAAACAUGGAAAAGAAAGGUUUGGGCCUUGACCACCGUUAUCGACGCAGUUUUCCAAUGAUGGUAUUUUUUAUGCUGAUCCUAACCAACAUCAAUUCUUAACCAAUUAUCUAUACGGUGAACGCAAUGGCCCUUGGCCGUUUCAUUAAUAAACCUUUUUGGUACAUGUAUUGUGCUCAGUUUAUCAUAUUAUUUGCAUGCAAAUCCAUGUAUUACAUGUAUUAUUUUAAAAGUUGACCAUUGGCGAGAUUGUCUAUUAUUAUGUACAGUAUUCAUAUAGGUUUCAUUCAUAUAGUGUCUAUAUCAUGUUAUGUAGUACUUAGAGAAACGUGCGACUAAUAACUUUAUGUUUCACGGAAGCAGGGAAACAUGGGAAACAAGA